AGCUUUAUGGAGGGGAAUGCGCAGCGAUGGCGAUGGCGCCACCGGAAGCACGAUCUUCUCGGCGGAUUCCAGCUUUAAAUCCGGCAUUCAAUCGGUUCGUGGUUGGAGCUUUCUUGUUCUUGCAGCUGUCGCCACGGUGGGUGGAAAUCCCUGGCUGCAUUGCCGCAGAUGCCUAGGAUAGCUCGUAAUCUCGGCCAGCGGAGCUAAGAUUUCGCCAGAUUUGGAUGGCGCAGUCGGUGUCGCUGGAAUCUCUGGGCGCCUGGGCGAACGAGCUCCAGCGCUCGAGGAGUACGCGGAGUGGGAGCGUGAGGAACUGGAGAUUGAGCUCGGAUAGUGUGUUUGGGCAAUCCGUGUACCAGCAGCAUGCCGAGGACGACGAGGAGGCGCUCAAAUGGGCGGCAAUCGAGAGGCUUCCUACCUAUGAUCGCCUGGGCACUACCAUUCUCACCAAUUAUGUCGAAGGCAACAGGUUAAAUCGCCAAGUGGUGAGCAUCGAGAACAUUGGUCCAGUGGAGCGCCAGGAAUUCAUAAACAAGCUCAUCCAAGUCACCGAGGAGGAUAACGAGAAAUUCUUGCGCAAGCUUCGAAAGCGCAUUGACAGAGUUUCUAUACAAUUGCCUACUAUCGAGGUGCGUUUUCAAGAUGUCACUGUACAAGCGGACUGCUAUCUCGGAACGAGAGCUUUGCCAACUCUGUGGAACGCUACCCGAAAUACCAUCGAGGGGAUAUUAGACGUAUCUAAAUUGUUGCCAAUGAAGAAGACGUCCAUGACUAUGCUUCGCAACGUCAGUGGUAUUAUCAAACCUGGGAGGAUGACUCUGCUGCUCGGUCCACCUGGUUCUGGAAAGACCAGUUUGCUACUUGCUCUUGCGGGAAAGCUCGAUCCCGCCCUGAAGGUCGAGGGCCAGAUUUCAUACAACGGUCAUUCUCUUGAAGAGUUUGUGCCUCAGAAGACCUCAGCCUAUAUCAGUCAGCACGACUUUCAUCUAGGAGAACUGACCGUCAGAGAAACUCUAGAAUUCUCAUCGCAAUGUCAAGGUGUAGGAGCAAGAUAUGAAAUGUUGGCAGAGCUGGCUAGGAGAGAAAAACAAGCCGGCAUUUUUCCUGAGGCCGACAUCGACUUCUUUAUGAAAGCAACUGCAGUGGAAGGCCUACAUAGUAGCCUUGUGACUGAGUAUUCGAUGAAAAUUCUUGGAUUGGAUCUUUGCGCAGACACGUUAGUUGGAGAUGACAUGCUCAGAGGCAUAUCUGGCGGCCAAAAGAAACGAGUUACAACCGGGGAGAUGAUUGUUGGACCCACUCGGACUCUCUUUAUGGAUGAGAUUUCCACUGGGCUGGAUAGCUCAACGACAUUCCAAAUUGUGAAAUGUCUCCAGCAGUUUGUCCAUCUUCUGGAGAGCACCGUGCUAAUGUCUCUACUUCAGCCUGCACCUGAGACAUUUGAGCUUUUCGACGACAUUAUUUUGUUGUCAGAGGGUCAAAUUGUUUAUCAAGGGCCUCGGGAACUUGUUCUUGAGUUUUUUGAGGCCUGUGGAUUCAAGUGUCCUGAAAGAAAGGGUGUAGCCGAUUUUCUGCAAGAGCUUACUUCUCAGAAAGAUCAAGCUCAAUAUUGGUGGGACGAAACUAAACCAUACGAAUAUGUUUCGGUGAAUGACUUCGUGCAGCUCUUUAAGCAAUCUCGUGCUGGUGAACUGCUGGCCGAAGAAUUUUCAUGCCCGUUUGACAAAGAAAGAAGUCAUAAAGCAGCACUAGAGUUUAGCAAGUAUGCUAUUGGCGGAUGGGAUCUCUUCAAAGUUUGCUUCGCGAGGGAAUGGUUGCUGGUCAAACGAAAUUCUUUCAUCUUCAUAUUCAAGGGAGUUCAGGUAUGCUUAUAUAUUACGGAAUCGUUAUGUGACGUGUUUUCGCAGAUAUGUAUCGUGGCUUUCAUUGGUAUGACGGUUUUCCUUCGCACUGAAAUGCACCGCGAUAACGAGCAAGAUGGUUUCUAUUUUCUGGGAGCUCUGUUUUUUACUCUGAUCAUGAUCAUGUUCAAUGGGUUUGGCGAAUUACCGAUGACUUUGACGCGGCUGCCUAUAUUCUACAAGCAACGGGAUCUGCUAUUCUAUCCCUCUUGGGCUUUUGCUCUACCAAUGAUCGUGUCCAGGAUACCAAUGUCUAUUGUCGAAGUGACAAUUUUUAUUGCCAUGACGUACUAUGUUAUCGGCUUUGCACCUGCUGCUGGAAGGUUUUUCCGGCAGUAUUUGCUUCUCUUCGUUUUGCACCAAAUGUCUUCCGCUAUGUUUCGUUUUAUUGCCGGAGUAUGUCGAACUAUGGUGGUGGCAAAUACGGGAGGUUCCGUUGCACUCCUUAUCGUUUUCAUGCUGGGAGGCUUUAUCAUUCCUAGAGCUGAAAUUCCAAAGUGGUGGAUAUGGGGAUAUUGGAUUUCGCCCCUGACUUACGCUGAAAAUGCUAUAAGCGUCAACGAGAUGCUUGCACCUGAAUGGGACAAGCAAGUUCCCGGCCGCAAUAUGACCCUCGGAAAGGCUAUUUUGCAAGAUCGCGGCCUCUUUACAGAGGCGAACUGGUAUUGGAUCGGGGUUGGUGGCCUUAUAGGCUUCGUAUUUUUGUUCAAUGUUCUUUUUACACUGGCGCUCGCUCAUUUAAAUCCUUUAAGUGCGAAGAGAGCUCUAUCUGAGCAACCUGUUUCUGAUCAGAAGAGAAUAUUGUCAUCUAGACGUGAAUCCAUGCCAUCCGAGCAUAAACACAGCAACAGAACUGGUGAAGUGGAGAUGCAGGCUUCAGCAUCAACUUCGUCCCGUCAGCUGUCCGAUAGACGAGGAAUGAUACUGCCAUUUCAGCCUCUGGCAAUAGCAUUCAAGGAUAUUAAGUACUACGUGGACAUGCCCGCCGAGAUGAAAAGUCAAGGGUUGACAGAGAGCCGGCUGGAGCUUCUGCAUGAUAUUACUGGAGCAUUUAGACCCGGAGUUUUAACAGCAUUGAUGGGUGUGAGUGGAGCUGGAAAGACUACAUUGAUGGACGUGCUUGCUGGAAGGAAAACCAGUGGCUACAUCGAAGGGGAUAUUUGGAUAUCUGGCUUUCCAAAGAAACAAGAAACGUUUGCAAGAAUCUCAGGAUACUGCGAGCAGUCGGACAUCCAUUCCCCUCAAGUUACUAUUUACGAAUCGCUGUUGUUUUCGGCCAGACUUCGGCUCCCAAAUGAAGUCGAUCGCAACACUCAGGAGCUCUUUGUUCACGAGGUCAUGGAACUCGUUGAACUGGACAUUGUCAAGGACGCACUUGUUGGUAUUCCAGGAGUCAGUGGUCUCUCUACAGAGCAGAGAAAGCGACUGACGAUCGCUGUCGAGCUUGUUGCCAAUCCUUCUAUCAUCUUUAUGGACGAACCGACCUCUGGCCUGGACGCCAGAGCUGCUGCAAUCGUCAUGCGAACCGUUCGGAAUACUGUUGAUACUGGACGGACUGUUGUGUGUACAAUACAUCAGCCUAGCAUCGAUAUUUUUGAAGCGUUUGAUGAGUUGCUUCUCCUUAAGCGCGGUGGCCAGGUGACAUACGCAGGACCUUUAGGAAAACGUUCUCACAAGCUUAUCGAGUACUUCGAGGCCGUUCCUGGAGUCACUAGAUACCGAGAUGGAACUAAUCCUGCUGCCUGGAUGCUCGAAGUAACGUCACCUUCAACAGAGCAUAGCCUCAACACCGACUUUGCUCAGCUCUAUCUCAACUCUCCGCUGUUUCAGCGUAACAUAGCACUGGUGAAGGAGCUCUCCUCCCCUGCUCCAGGAGCCAGUGAUUUAUACUUUCCAACAAAAUACUCCCAACCAUUCCUUACGCAAUUCCGCUCAUGCCUGUGGAAGCAGAACUUGACAUACUGGAGAAGCCCCGACUAUAACUGCGUCAGGCUAUGUUUUACUCUCUUCUCCGCCCUUCUCUUCGGAACCAUUUUCUGGAAGUUUGGACUUAAGAGGGAGAAUCAGUCCGACUUGCUUAACGUGAUGGGUGCGAUGUACGGGGCUGUCAUAUUUCUUGGUGUAAAUAACAGUGCCACAGUUCAGCCCGUCGUCGCCACGGAAAGGACCGUCUUUUACAGGGAGCGAGCGGCAGGAAUGUAUUCGGCUCUUCCCUACGCUUUAGCACAGGUCAUCGUCGAGAUACCAUACGUUCUCUUCCAGACGCUCAUGUACGGUGGCAUCACUUACGCCAUGAUCCAGUUCGAGUGGAAAGCCUCGAAGUUCUUCUGGUACCUCUACGUCAUGUUCUUCACCUUCCUCUACUUCACAUACUACGGGAUGAUGGCCGUGGCGAUCACACCAAACUACCAGAUCGCGGGCAUCCUCGCGUCGGCAUUCUACUCGCUCUUCAACCUCUUCUCGGGCUUUCUCAUACCAAAACCCAAAAUUCCAAAGUGGUGGCAGUGGUAUGUGUGGAUUUGCCCCGUUGCUUACACCGUCUAUGGCCUCAUUACGUCCCAGUAUGGGGACGUGAAUUCGGAGCUCCAAAUCCCCGGCCAGCCCAGCAAGCCCAUCAAGCUCUUCCUUAAAGACUACUUCGACUACGAUCAACAGUUCCUUGGCGUGGUGGCGGCCGUGUUGUUUGGAUUCGCAGCCUUCUUCGCAUUUAUGUUCGCGUUUUGCAUCCGCGUCCUCAACUUCCAGCGCCGCUAAAACAUUGGAAGAACAACGAAUAGAUGAAGAACAGGAUAUUCCAACGAAUGUUCUUAUCCAUCCAGAAGAUUCAGUCCAAUCCAAUCCGGCCGUCCACGUGCUGGCCAUUCGAUCCGGAGCCGUUGCUUUGUUUUUAACCCACAUGUUGUUAUUCCGUUUGAGCGCCGCCUUUAAUUCCCACGUCACGCUGCUGACGUGGCUGCUACCCGUUA